CGGCUGUAUCCCGACAGAAAGCAAAAGCCCGGCGUAAGAUUCCAGCCAGGCGACCAGGUGAAUGUCCGGACGCAUACCCAGGAAGCUUUUGCGCCGAUGUGGAUAGGCCCCGGAGAAAUCGUGGCUGUCAAUGGGGACAGCACUUACGACGUGCUAAUUAACGAAAAGCCGUUCAAUCGCCACCUCCACGAUCUGAGACCAGCCCCAGCGGGCAAUAACGUCGACCUGGAACAGGAAGACUUCAACUACACUUCAGAGGCCGAGAGCGUUCUUCCGGACGAUUGGGCUCGCAUUGCCAUGCCAUAUUCGGAUCGACUCGUUCCGCAGGCUCGACUUACGACGGAUAAGCCAUCCACGGUCCCGCCCAUGCAACCGCCGGCAAGCACGGACACACCCAGCACGACGGCCAUCCCGACAAAGGCGUCGCCGGAGACACCAGCAUCGACAACCACCGUAUGUGCAGAUUUGGCACUGAUCCGCGAUCUGCGUACUAAAGCCGCCAAGUGGACCGGCUUGAAGGCAGCACAGCUGGAGGAGAACGUCACUCGGGGUAUGCUACUGAUUGAUGCCAUCCCCAACYCGCAGGGAAACGUCGAUCUUCRUCAAGCAAAAAGGGCGGCCAUAACCCACCUGGGUGAAAUGGAGGCCAGUUUCACCCAAGCUGCAACCCCAUUAGAAGCGCAUCCGCCCUCCGGAGAAUAAGUACCCGGACCGCAGAUUCUCCGCAGACACUAUACAGUGUAGUACACGCCACGACUUCGGUGAGAUGGUUUCUCGCUCCCAAUCAGGACAAAUAGGUCAAGAUCCGGAACCUAUCUCUCCCGACUAGACCUCGUCUAGGGGAGGGGAUGACGUGCCGCGGAGUAAAUAUAUUUUUUGUAGUUCCUUCAUUCCACCCCUCGCAUUCACCCUUAAACUAAUGGUGCGCGGUGGCGGUCAGUGCGUCCGGGUUCGAGGGUGGUGCGGGAAAAAAGGAUCGUACGGUCAGUCCUGUGGACCAGUCCCGAAGGAAACGCGUACGGAGACAGUCCAGGGUACUCAAAAAAAAAGAAGGCUACCGACGUCACGCCACGCCAUUUUUAUUUUUUUUUUGAGUGCUGGAUUUCAAGGAAAUCCAGUUUUUUCCGGAGCAUCCUUGCUCCUUGAACCCUCGGGAAACCGGUGAACCCACCGCGAGACUAUUGUGCGCGCCCAGAGACAAGACUAUUUGCCCGCCGCGGUACGUGGGACAAUUGUGCGC